ACCCAGCCGCUGACUGCUGACAGCCUUGCUCUCCUGACAGCUCACCGUCUGAUCCGGAUCCUCCACCUCUUCAGGAUGCCUCUCAGCGAUAAAACUGAUGCCCAGCUCAGCGAUUUACUGACUGACUAUGGCAUCAAGCAUGGACCAGUAGUGAACUCCACUCGAAGUCUGUAUGAGAAGAAGCUGGAGGAGGCCUUAGCCAAGGACCGGACCUUCUACAGAGAAGAAGAGGAGGAAAUCACCUACAUCAUAUGUCGCCAUCCGAGAAGAAAGAAGACCUCAGCCAACCCGUCAGCACAGUUUUUGCCCGGCUCUGAGCAGAAUGGAGAUCAGCCACCGGACCAAGCUGAAGAGAUGGACCAAGAAAGCAGCACCGAACUGGAUCAACAGACACAACAGAACCUUCAUCUUGUGUCUGUGAAGACGAACCACAGAACAACCAGUCACAGCAAAAUGAAAGUCAAAGGGCCAAUCAGUCGGCAGUCAGCAGGAAAAACACGGAUGGUGAUCCCAGCGGUGCUGGUGCUGACCGGGUUAGCAGCUGGAUGCUACCUCGUCCUCCCCACUGUGAUGUGAAAUCAGAUUCCUGGCUUUGUUUUACUUAUUUGUGCUUUUUUUUUUCUUCUCUCAGAAAGUAAUAUUUUACCCAAUUAGUCAGCACAGAAAGCUUUAAAGGUCUAAAGUUCACACUCCAUUUCACCGCUGCGUCUGCUGAAACAGAAGCAUUGAGAAUCAGUCAUUCUGCUUAGCAACAGCAAGCCUGACCAUGCUCCUUUAUUUUGACCAUGAUUGAUUCUAGUUCCAUACUAAGCUACAGUACUUUUUCUUUCCCUUGAGCGUACUGCUGGACCAUCACUUCUCCUGCUUCAUCUUCUGAACCCUAACUUGAUCGCAGAGCAUGAUGGCCUCUCACACUAAGUCUGCUUGAGGCUACUUCCUGUUAGAAGGGAGUCGUUCCUUCCCCCUGUUGCCAUGUGCUUGAUCACCACUAUAGAUUGCUGCAAAGCGAUCCACUGUAAUGAGUUCCUUAGAUGGAUAACCUCUUCCAAUCUGCAUUAUCAACUAAAUUUGAGUGAACUGGAUGAUAAAUAGGAUAGGAGUGAAUUUAUGUAACUGAAAGUGAAUCUGUGUGUGCAACAACACAGGAUGGAUUUGAUUAUGCACUUCUGGAUGCAUUUUUUUAACCUUGUAAAAAGUGUGUUGAGAUGUUGUUUGCUUGUUUUGACAAUAAAGGGUAACUGUUUGUAUUUUUACCACAUCAAA